AUGCGUUUCACCGGCCUCAACUCCGCCGCCGCUGCCACCCCGGCGAACUCCCUCCUGCUCCUCCUCCUCCUCCUCGCCGCCGCCGCCACGCCCCUCUCCCACGCCGCCAGCAUCGGCGCCAACGCCAACUCCAACUCCAACUCCAACGCCAACUCCAACUCCCCCUCGCCCUCCGGCUCCGGCUCCUCCACCGUCUCCUCCGGCGGCAACGGCGGCGGCUACUCCUCCUCCGCCGCCAUGGCGGUAGCACCAGCAGCAGCACCAUCAGCAUCAGCACCGGCACCACCAGCAGCAGCAGGACCGAAACACGGCGGCCACAGCCUCCUCCUCUCCGCCCGCGGCGGCGGCGGCGGCAACGGCCACUUCUACGUCAAGUGCCGCGACGACUGCGCCCCGGACACGUGCUACAUGGGGGCCCAGUGCGUCAGCGGGCGGUACAAGCACACGAACCGCCCGGAGAUGGCCAUGUGCGUCACGAACCAUAGCUGCCGCUGCACCGACGAGGAGUGGGUUUGA